UGUUCCCUGUGCUCAUGUGACCUACUCGACUCGCGCAGCGGCUGAGUUUAUGUAACAGGGAGAGGGGUAGACGGCUGUCCUUGUUGGAAUGCUGGCUUUGUAGUAUAGAGAUUUGAGGUUCGGGGGUGGCUGCUCCAGGACCAUGUCAUCCCCCGCUGUGCGAGAUGGGAUACCGUGGCUCAGGGAACUGCUGGACUCUCAGUCGCCGUCCAACCCGCGGCCCAGGCAGCUCGGAGCGUUGUUGGAGUACCUAGUGCAGAAGUACAGCUCCUGGGCAGCGGAGGGUGCCUCCAGUAAUGAUGAGGAAUGCGGCUUCUCUCUGAGUUGUCCGGGCUGCGGAGGGAUACUCAGGGAGCCAGUGAGCACUGAGUGCGGUCACACUUACUGCCGCUGCUGCUUGAGGGGAGAGCCCAGAAGCCGAUGCCGGCUGUGCCGGGAGGAUAUGGGCCGAGCUCCACGUAGGACCUGUGUGUUGCUUCAGCAGCUGGCGGACAAAUUCCCACACCUGCUGGCGGCUAAAAGUGACCGGGAUGAGGGGAUGUGUCAGCUGUUGGGAGCCGGGGAGUACGCGGAGGCUCUGCGCACAGUCAACAGCUUUAUGGAGACAGAUCCAGAUGAUUUGAUGCUACAUGUUUACAGAGCCGACUCGUAUGCUGGCAUAUGUGAAUUUGGGAAAGCUCACGAGGAUCUGGACUUUGUCCUUUCUAUGCAAAACAACUGGCCAGAGGUGUAUUAUAAGAAAGCCAAAAUACUUCAGGACAGCGGACAUAUGUAUGAAUCGCUGACUUUUUAUCUUAAAACCCUGGCUCUAGAUGAAACGUACGAACCAGCUAGAUCUGAGGUUGAAAAGAUUCUCUGUGACUUCCUGUCUCCUGCUCAAGACUCAGUAGAAGGUAUCCUGAAGGAUUUGGAAAGAACAUCCUUACCAAACAGUCAACUGAAGCCUUUUGUGCUGGGCGCUGAUAAAGAAGAUGUUGAUUAUGGUUUACCAAGUUUGGAUGAGCAUGAAGAGGUGCCAGAAACUGUAAAGGAUUUUAGCAGAAGCAGCAUCCGCAGAACAUCUUCUGCACAUACGAUUCACUCCGAGCCUCACGCUGCAGAUGAACGCUUAAAAAGGGUGACCUCUGAACCUCUACUAAGGAGCCAGGAAACAGGAGUGCUACUGAAAAGGAAAUUCUCCCGUUCUGAGCAAGAUGCAAGUGGAUGUGAGGAUGUGAGGAAAAAGCACAUAAAGCAGGGAGAAUCCUCACAACUAGAACUCGAUGGAAAAUCUAUUUCAGAUGGCCUUGUUGAUGUGGUUGACCUUGAAUGUUCCCUAUGUAUGAGACUGUUCUAUGAACCAGUGACCACACCAUGUGGGCAUACAUUUUGCAAGAAGUGCUUAGAACGAUGUUUAGAUCAUACUCCACAUUGUCCCUUAUGCAAAGAGAGCUUAACCGAGUUCUUGGCAAAAAGAAGCUACAACGUGACUCACCUCUUGGAAUAUCUGAUUAAAACGCAUCUCCCCGAAGAGCUCGCGGAAAGGAAGAGGUUUCAUGAAGAGGAAACUGCUGAGUUCUCAAACUUAACAAAGAAUGUGCCAAUUUUUGUCUGUACAAUGGCUUACCCUACUGUGCCUUGUCCUCUUCACGUGUUUGAGCCUCGGUAUCGAUUGAUGAUCCGAAGAUGUAUGGAAACUGGUACAAAACAAUUUGGGAUGUGCAUAAGUGACCCAGAAAAAAGUUUUGCAGACUAUGGUUGUAUGUUGCAAAUAAGAAAUGUUCACUUCCUGCCUGAUGGUCGUUCUGUGGUGGAUACAGUCGGUGGAAAGCGAUUUCGGGUCUUGAAUAGGGGAAUGAGAGAUGGUUAUAGUACUGCAGACAUUGAGUACUUGUCAGAUAUUCCGGUUCAUCAGGAAGAAUUUCAGCAACUCAAGGAGCUCCAUGAUGCUGUGCACGCACAAGCCUGCCGCUGGUUUCAGAAUUUGCGCACCAGGUUCCGCAGUCAGAUAUUGCAUCACUUUGGAGCAAUGCCAGAAACAGAGCAGAAUAUACAGGCAGCUCCAAAUGGACCAGCUUGGUGCUGGUGGCUUCUUGCAGUUUUACCUGUAGAUCCCAGGUAUCAGCUGUCAGUACUAUCGAUGAUGUCACUAAAAGAUCGCCUGUUGAAAAUGCAGCACAUCCUCACCUGCUUUUCUAGAGAGCAGCCCAAAUGACUAGCCGUCUGGAGCGCCCUUAAAACGUAUCCAGCCCUGACUGUGAUCACAGCUGUGCUUUUCGCUCUCUUUGCUCAUUUAAUCUUGGUUUAAAUUCCAUUCCUAUUGGAUUUAUGUAUCUCAUAAGUAACAGAAUGUUUAAUGCAGACUUAUUGGAUGGCUUGUGUGUUACAGUAAACACAUUGCACAUGUAGAAAAUUGUUUUUUUUUUUGUUUUUUUUAUAGUAAAUUUGAUUUCUUUUGAAUUUAAAGCUUCCAAGGUGUAUACCGUUUGGCUGCAUUUGUAGAUGCUAAAUCACUUCCACAAAGGUAUACAUUUUUCCAUGAGGAAGUUCAAGCAAAUUAAUAAUUUAUUAAUAGUGCUGUGCUUUAUUUUUAAUGUAGUGACUGAAACGAUUACUUUCUGCUCUAAAAGCUAUGUCCACACAUUGUGGGGUCGAUUUGACCGUUACGUGUUAAAUUUAUGUGCCUUUGGAGAACAGAGAUGGCAGACGCCUGUGUGCUAU